GUUCGGUAUAAGUUUUUACGUAUUCUGUAAUUUUGCUCAAUCUGUUUUUAAUCGAUUAAUCGAAAGAUACAACCGCGUGUUUUAUGCUAACCAUUGAUUUGGUGUUAUCCAAAUCGUAGAAAUUGCUUAUUGCUAAAGUACAUCAAACGUACUUGUGUUGGAAAUUGAAGGGAAAAUUAGCCGUAGUUUGGUGUGUUUUUGAUUUUUUUUGUAUUGGUUUGCUUGUUUAUUUUAAGUGUAAUAGUGCCAACAUAUAUGUAGGCAUGAACUGUUUGUAGUUUUGUUUAUUGAUAGACGAAUGUGUACGGCAGCGUGCGAGGUUGUUCCUGUAGUGAAGUGUUACUAUGCCGGCCUCGGAUGGGGACCCCGUGGGCACAGCUCUGCGCGUCUCCCUCGCCGCAUGUAGCGACGCCCGCGAUGACCUCGACAGCAAGAUCGUAGCUUCCUCGGCGCGGAUCCUGCUCAGCCACAUAGAGUACGAGGCGUGCGACGGCUACAAGCACAGCGUGCUAGAGAAUCUCAAGAGCAAGUACAUCGUCCUGAAGGCGGCCCAUGCCGCGGGGAGCGGGGCGGCGCUGAAGGGCAAGCCGGCGGCCGCGGACAUGAAGCCCAGCUCGGCGGAGACGGAGCUGCCGGCGCUGAAGGUGACGCUGUUCCCCGCGGAGGCGGUGCAGCUGGGCUGGCGCGGCAUGCGCCCCAUCGGCGCCGGCAUGAUCAACAUGGGCAACACUUGCUACCUCAACUCCACCCUGCAGGCACUGUUCCACGUCCCAGCGCUGGUCAACUGGCUGGAGAGUGACACUGACCACCUUGACAAGUGCACCGCGAACGGCAACAUGGAGUGUACGAUCUGCGCCAUGGCAAAGACUCUGAAGAACUCGCAUAGCAAGUCAGGUGGCGUCAUGAAGCCAUUCUGGAUCUACAACAAACUCAAAAUGAUCUGCAAGCACAUGACCCACGGAACCCAGGAGGAUGCCCACGAGUUCAUGCGGUACCUCAUCGAGAGCAUGGAGAAGGCCUACCUCAGCCGACACAAGAGCAAAGUGCUGGACAACUACAGCAAAGAGACGACGCCCUUGAACCAGAUAUUCGGAGGCUACAUGAGGACGGAAGUGGAGUGCCUGCAGUGCCACGCCGUCUCCACCACCUUCCAGCACUUCCAGGACCUGCUGCUGGACGUGAGGCGGGCCAGCACGCUGGACGACGCGCUGGCGGGGUACUUCUGCAAGGAGCGGCUGGACGGCGACGACGCGUACCGCUGCGAGCGCUGCCUGCGCAAGGUGGCCGCCACCAAGAAGUUCUGUGUGCAGAAGCCGCCCCUCGUGCUGUGCCUGCAGCUCAAGAGGUUCAGCAUCAUGGGCGGCAAGAUCAACAAGCACGUGUCGUUCUCGCAGCACCUGGACCUCACGCGCUUCCUCUGCCCGCAGUCCGCUAGCAAGGGCCAGCCCCUCACGUACCGCCUGGUGGCCAUGGUCAACCACAUGGGCACCUCCAUCAACUGCGGCCACUACACGGCGAUAGCCCAGACCUCGUCCGGCCACUUCUACCACUUCGACGACAGCUCCGUGCGACCCAUCUCGCUGGCGGCCGCGCUGGAAGCCAACGCCUACAUCAUCAUCUACGAAAUGGAGCGCAGUCCGCACCGCAGCACGCCCGGGAGCUCGAAGCCGGCCGCCGCGACUGCCCCCGCCCCCGUCCCGCUGGGCGCGCACACCAAUGGCCCCCGGUUACCGGCCCGGCCGCCGGUCCCACCUGUGAGGCCGACCAACCCCAAGCCGAGCACGGACAUCGUCCCGGUGCACGGCCGGACACAGCCCCUGCUGGGCACGCCCCCCGCGGCGAGCCAGCGCGUCGGCCCCAGCAAGCCGGAGACCUCCGGCACUCUGCCGCCCCUCGCCAAUAGGGGCCAAGUCGCAUUCGAACUUCAGCCCCGGCACGUUAGGAAUGGCAAAGUGUGCCGGCCCGCCCAGCUCUGCCGGCCGUCCAGCCUCGUGCCGUACGAUUCGGACGACUCGAGCGGCAGCGACGCGCCGUGCCUGGACUGCGGGCCCCCCGCGCGCCCCAGGAAACACACGAGUAGCGUAGAGGAGGUGCAGUGUGGCGGCUCGAGCUGGCAGGUGACGGACGCGUCCCUGCACAGCCCCUCGGUUCACAGCGAGGGCAGCGGCCACAGCGUUGCCAGCUCGACCGCGGGGUGGAGCGUGUGCGACGCGGGCCAGCCCUCCGAGCCCACGGUGGCGUCUGCAACCCGGCUUCUCGCCGGCAAACAUUUUUCUAAUGACGUUUCGAAACGGCAGCCCCCUCGGGCACCGGCCAAGGUGGAUGCAUCGAUUGCUCCAAAAAAUGGAUCGCAAGUAGAUUUGGUCUCGGAUUUGGAUUCAAGUACAAAAGAUGGGGGAAAGGACAAAAAAGUGAAGAAAAAGAAAAAACAUAAAGAGCACGUGAAUGGCAAUGCGUUGACGCCCGAGACCGGCCGGAAGGACAGCUAUGAGUGGGUGGAGAAGACGAACGCAGCCCCCGUGGAAAACGGGGAGCAGAAGAACGGACUUUGUUGGAACGGCAUGUACAAGUCCAGCGCAGCGGACUUCUUAGCGAAACUGUCCCAUCGGGGUUAUGGGACCAAUGGCAAGUAGUCGGGGUUGCUGUUGCUCGUGGGUUUCUCCAGGGCCAAUCUCAUUUCUUGACAGGACUCUUCUCGUAACUCCGAUACCACCUUGUUACCUUCAUGCCCAUUCAAAGCUGCCAACUUGUAUUUAAAUUUUAAUAUAAUUUAUACAGUUUGUACUAUUUUACUAAUUUUAUAUACCUAUUUCUGUACAAUUUCCUAGCUUUCCCAUAGAUUUCCCAUAAUAUAUGCAAUGUACAUUAUUAUUUCUCAUGUUGAAAAGUUUCCCAAAAAUUUUGUUUUCUAAAUAAAAACGUUUUUUAAUUAAGAAAUAAAUUAUUUGUUUGAAAAUUACACUUUUGCCUCUAUGUAGUACUGGUUGACGUCAUGUUUGGUUAGUUUGAAGCGCAUGUAUUCUAUUAUCAUUUUCAGCUUGCUUGCAGAUUGCAUUUCGCGUGCGCACUAUGUGUCAUGCAAAGUGAACUAUAUUUUAUAACCCACACUCUUUAGUAGUUAGUGUGUAUUACAAAGAUAGUUAUAGGUAUGCUACGUUAGUUCCAUUAUGCAUUUGAGUCAUAGUUUUGAUUAGUUAAUUUUAAGUUGAUACAAAAUAAUAUUUUUGUUUGGUUAUAUUUUUUUCCAAUUAAAUGAGGUCAUCUAAAUUGAGAUUAAACACAAAAUUAGAAUAUUUGUUUGAUGUAUUAAUUCUGUUCCGGAGUUUAACACAUCAAUUUUUUUAUGUGUUUAUUCAAACUGAUUAGAAUUAAUUUUUUCAGUAAUAAUUUUAAACUUUUGGUUGUUUAUAAUGUCAUGUAUUUGGAAUAAUUUGUUAUUUAAAAGUGGUUCACGAAGAGUUAGACAGUAAAACAAAUAAAAUUAAUUUUUCUGAUCCAUGCUAGGUAAUUUUUUUUUGUCCGGAAAUAAUGACAUUCCUUGAAUUUCAGACAUUAAAAGAUUAUUUUUUUUUAUGAUUUUAAUUAAGUUUCUGUUAAAUGCUACUUAAUUCUAUGAUAGAACUUGAAUUUUGGUUCUGUCUGGUGAAUUAACUUACAUUUUGGUGUUACGAAUCCUGUGUUUUGACAUGCUUUUCGGAUUUAUUUCAGUUUUAUCACAAUUUACGGUGUAUUUAAGUUUUUAUCGCUCCAGCAUUUACUGUACCUCUCGACCAGUUGGUACCUAAUGUUUUAGUCUGUUGAGUUAAUUUUGGUGUUGGAAAACUAUGGUUUAAAGAGCGUGCAGUGGUUCGACACGUGGUUGCUUGCACGGCAGUGAGCAGCUGGUCGGGCGGACGAACGCACCUCGAGCGGGAGGUGGCUGACGAGCGGCGAGACGAGCGCAAGAGGAGCUACGAGUGCCGCUACGACGAGGACCUGGACCGCGGCAGGGUGAAGAAGAUGAAGUACCACCAGAACAACAAGGAGGCGGAGCUAAGGCCGCAGCACGCCACCAACCCGUUCCAGGAGUACCAGUACAAGAAGCAGCAGUGGGCGGGCAAGGGCUACUACAACAACAACUCGUACCCGCCCCACAAGUACCGCGGCCACCAUCCCUACCACUUCAACAACCGCUACAAGUACAACAACCACCACCCUGCCAAGUUCCACAAGAACCACGCCAGACACCACUGGCGGCAGUGAGGCGCCGGUGUCAAGCGUUGCCUCGCCAGCGUCCGAGACGGGGCAAGGUUCAGGACUUUCCAGUCGGCCGCGUGGAGUACCGCUACGGUUCGUAAUUCCCGAAUAGGUAGAGAUUAAAUUGGGACGGUAAAGAAAUGAAAGUUUUCGUGCAGGUUAUGCGCAGUAGCUUAGUGCGCAGUGCUUUGUGAAUCAUAGUCCAAUUACAGUGUUUCCGAUCUCCGACACUGCAACUCGGUGAUGGUGCUAGGAUAUGCAUACCUGCAUCACCUCGUGUGCAGCUCGUGCUGAAAGCAACUGUUAUUAAGUAUUAAUCAUGAAACCAGGCACGUAGCAACGUGUGAAAUGUAUGACCGUUAAACUGUGUAUAACUUUUUUUUUUUUUUUUUUUUUGUUGUUUUACUUUCUCAUAGAAUGGGCUGUUUUCGUGCUGUCAUAUAGAUCUCCGAGAUAUCGAGAUAUGUUCACCAUUUGACAUGAGAAAAUAAUUUUUGAAACUUUUUUUAUGUAAGAAUAUUUGAUUUCGGAUACUCUUCCAAUAGUAUGACUUUUUUUUUUUAAUUUUAUUGCCCAUGUGGAAUGCACGAAUAAUGAAUUUUUUUUUAAUUUCCUUUUGGUAAGCAUAAUGCUCUCCUGAAGGUGUUGAAGGCAUUAGUGCACAGGCAGGCUGGGAAGAGCUCACUCGAACGUUACGGGCAGCUUCUCUUCAGCCAGUCUCAUGUCAAGUUUUAGAUAAAUACACACGUUGUUAAUGUAUCCACACAUGUAUUAAAUUUACCUUCAAGCUUGAACACUUUUUUCCACAUGAAAAUCAGUUGUAAAAAAAUGCUGCCCAAACUAAUGAAAACUUUAAGUGGAAAUAUAUAUUUUUUUGAUAUUACUGCCAAACCUGCAAAAAAAAAAAAAUUAUUUUCAGGGUGGCUACUGAAAACUAGAAAAUUUGAGGAGAAAGAUGAUAUAUAUGAUGCUAUGCAGUGUUUUAACGCAUAAUCAUCACAUAUUUUAUGCUAAAAUCAAGGUGUUAUUUUGGGUUUUUUCACAACUCACCAUAUAAUCUUGUCCUUAGAAAUAACACACCAAUAUUCCUACGUUCAUGUACAUGUUCAAGCAUGCUUGCAGCAACUUGCGCGAAUCUCCCACGUUUCGGUCCACGCAAAGCUUUCCAUCCAACAUUAGUUUCACUUGUUUUGUUCUGUUUGUUUUUGUUUCCUCCAAUUUUGCACCAAUUCUUCAUUAAUGGAAAAUUCACAGCGAGCUGCUGUUUCCGUGUUUUCUAGCAUCAUGUUACAACUACCACACCCCUGAAGUCAUAACGUCUUGUAUAUACAGUAAAACCUCCAUUAACGAAUAUUCUAUUUAACGAAAAACCCCAUACAACGAAAUAAAAUUUUGGUCCCGCCGAACCGCCAUAACAUCAAUGCUGGUUUAACCUCUAAAUACCGAAUUUUAUUUGUUCUGAAAUAGUGAAAUUCCCUUUACAACGAACUGCCGCUUUUGAAAAACACGCAAAAAUAAAUAUCUCCUACAAGACAUCCACUAAUUUUUUUGCAUUCACUGCUUAAAAAUACGUGCGUAUAACCUUAAAAUAAUAUGCACCAUCGCGGAUGACAAUAAAUAAACAAAGCAUCAUGGAUAACACGUCGUGUAUACAUGCCACACUUUGUUCAAAAUGGCGGGUACAUUUAGCGCUAGUGGCGGAAACCUCUCGUACCAUCGCUGUGGCAAGACGAACAACUAGUAUAUUUUGCGUUUCUAUGGUUAAAGAUGCGCACACGCAAAUAUUUUUAACUAUGGUGUAGUACAAUUUCCGUUUUUUCAGUUUUCAACUGUUGUUUAUUUAUUCCACACGUAGUUACGGAAAUCAACACGUUACUACUGUAAAAUGAAUUCUAAUCCUAAAAAGCGGCAACAGAUUGACGUUAAAAUAAUAUUAGAAAUUUUAAAUGCAGUUGAUGAAGGUGACAAAAAAAGUGAUAUAGCUAAACGUUUCGACAUCCCGGCGUCUACACUUUCGACCAUAUUAUCCAACCGGGAACAGAUCGAAAACGUGUGAAAGUAUGUAAAAAUGAUGAUUUAGACAAGAUACUUUUUGACUGGUUAAUGGCGGCUAGGGCAUCUAACAUCAAACGUCUCGGGGCCGUUUUUUCAAGAAAAGGCAUGCCAGGAAGCACUGGGGAUGGGAAUUGAUAUUUUCCAAGCAUCAAAUGGUUGGCCAAUAAACAAGUGUAUUAUAUGUGCUUUUUCAUGUUUAAUUCCUCAUAUCGUAUUAAACAGUCAGAAAGACAGUUCUAGCCAUUUAUGUGAAGCUUUAUGAUGACUAGAAAUAUAUUGUGCGAAACCUCCAUUUAACAAACCCCUAUACAACAAACACAACAAAUUUUGGUCCCUUGAGAUUUGUUAAAUAGAGGUUUCACUGUAUCACUUUUGGUUUUGCUCAGUUUGUACAAAAUAUCAAUGCUCUCAGUUAAAACAUGUAGAAGAAAUACAGAAAAAAUAUUUAUUUUCAAUGUUUGCUGUAUUACAUAUCUAUGGCAUACUGUUAGCAUUUAAUUUCAAAAUGGCAUCAAUUCCUAUUGUUUUUAAGACGUAGUAAGAACAUAAAUACAAUAUUUCACUGUAAAAUAUAGAACAGGUGUUGUACUGCUGGCAACUACAAUGAAAUUGGUUUUCGAGUCUCGGCACAUCUAUAUUUUAUAGCAAUGCUCUGUUUACUCCAAGCCUCAUGCCAAACUUGUAGAUGUAUUUAAGGAGUAGUAUAUUAAAUAUUUAUUCUGGACCCAGUAAUAUAAAAUUAUAAACUGCAUUUUAAGUUUUUUUUUAUUAAUAGCAUUAGUGGUACAGACAUCUGCCAGUUAUUUUUAUCAGCAAUUUUUAAUUAUUGCAAUAAACGUACUAAUAACCCUAGUAAACGACUUUCUGUAAAUACACAUCUCUUAAGAUAGACUGUAAUAUUUUAUUUACAAAUAGUCUGUAAAGGAUAUGUUUACCAUGAUGCUAGAAAAAACUAAUAUAUGUAAAAAAAUGGCUACCAUUCACAUCUGUUUAGUAUACUGCAGUGAAGAGCCGUUAAAAUCUUGGCCAUGAAUGAAGGACAUCAAUGCUGGGUUACAAAGAAUGUUAUAACAAAUUAAUUGGGAAAUUGCUGAAGGAGUACAUGCAACACAUUCUCACUUUACAGAUAUAAUUUUUAUUGCGGAACCACCAUUAAUCAAGGACAUUUCACAUUAAUUUCUGUGACGACAUACUUUUUUUCAUGCAACACAAUUUCUCAUUUCCUGACAGCCACAGUAUGUGAUCGCUGAGUUGCCGAUGCCAUCAUUUUUGGUACAGUUUUAGUAGCCACCCUGACAAUAUGUCUGUGAGGUGAAUCAAAAUCUCAAGAACAUAGCCCUAGAGAUGGAAUUCAUUUCUUGUGUGUUGUUGAAUUUUACCAGUGUACAGAUUGCUAAUGCUGCCAUUGUCAUUACUUUUCCAAUCAAGCAAUACAGAGUUAACAGGCACAGUUGUUUUAUAUUUUAUUAAGACAUUGUAAAACAGGCUCAUUAAAAAUAUUGGAAUCAAGUACAUAA